UUUGCCACUCAUCAGCAGGAUUAGUUAGUAUAUUGCCAUCUUCAUUUUGCUGCGAUCGUCAGACUGUGAUCGUUUCGUUAGGACGAUGAAGCUUUUCACGUUAUUUCAAAUGAUUAUUUUCGGUUUGUCGGUUGUGCAUCUUGGAGAGUCAUGUGGAAGUCGGCUGACAUUACAUACCAGUUCAUUUCAUGCAAAGCCAUCCCAAACGACAACAGAGACCGGCAUAACUGAAAGUGAUUUGAAGAUUGUUCAACAAAAGGAUGAUCCCUUGAUGUCGAAUAUCUCGAGAGAAGGAAUUCUUCGUGGAUUAAAAGAAUGCCAAAGGCUAUUUAGAAACGAUAUCUGGAACUGUCCAUCGGAGAUGUUUAAAAUGCUAUCCUUCUCUAACGAGUCGACUCAUCGCUAUGCCACUCGGGAGACUGCUUUUAUGUAUGCUAUAACCGCAGCCGCUAUAACCCAUGAAUUCACUCACCAGUGCACAUUGGGAAGAAUCCCCGGGUGUGGAUGCGGAACUUAUUACGGUGAUGGUGUCAUAAGUGGAUGUGGCGAGAAUAUCGCGUUCGGACAAAGGGAGGCUAUGCGUCUUUUCCGAGUACCGCGGAAAAGAAGAUUACGAUUGGAUGCUUUGACGGCUGUAAAUAUGCAUAACUACAAUCUAGGAACGAAAAUUGUCCGAGAAAGCUUGCAGCUGAAAGGAAGAUGUGAAGGGGGCUUUUUUAACUCCGAUCCUUGCCGAGUGAAAACAAUGUGGACGGUAUUGGCACCAUUUGAAGUUGUUUCCUCAAAGCUUAAAGAAAAAUACCACAGGGCCUUGCAGGUGUCCUUCAUAAACAACAGACUUCAGCAGUUGCGCCCACAUUACCCAAUCGAUCAAAAUCUUGUGUACCUCGACGACUCACCAAGCUACAUCAUGCGAAAUGACAGCUUAGGCAUUAAUGGAAUGCUGGGACGGUCAUGCAGGAGAGAUAUUAGCGAUGAUAAGUGUGAACUAUUCACUGCUAUCUGUGAUUCUAUUGGACUGAACCCAACAAUAGUGGAGCAUUUCAAGCAGGUUAAAUGUAGAUGUAAGUUUAUUUGGUGCUGCAGAGUUGAAUGUGAGACAUGCACUGAGAAGUAUAAUGAAACAAGGUGUUCACUGUAAGCGGAUACUAUACUGUAUGUCAUGAAGAAAGAGAUUUCAUGGUUAACUUCCUGUAAUGUCAAGUAUAUUAAGUGUGUGCGUGUGUUUAUUGACCUAAAAGUACAAAACAUCAUAUUUUGAAAUAAUCCUA